UUCUUUGCUUAAGUUUUCAGCAAACAAAUUUCCACACUAAGGCCAAACAAGAGAAGCUCACCGUUAUUCUGCUUUUUCAGUCAUAUUUACCACCAAACUAAAAGGUUUUCUGUUGAGAACCAAUCCGUUCCCCAAACUCCAAAGGGAAUGGUAAAAACUAAGCAUCAUGUCUUCCUCUACCAUCUGUUUGGUGUAUGGUCUAGGCAAAAGAAAUGGGGCAUCAUAAAUUUAUCUGCAUGGUCCUAAUUAGAUGACAAGAAUUAAGGCACUCCUCACGCUAUCCGAUCCUUUCUAGGGACAAGAAAUUGUUACUUUUUCCUAGAAACAAUAAAGGAGCACUAAAAACCAUAUUUUUCUUUUUAUUUAUCAGUCCUUAAAUGCAUAACCAGAGGUGAUAGCAGACCCAUUUAAUGACUGCAUGUAUGCAAAGGCUGAAGGGCCUUUGUCUAUACCUGCUUUCUGUCCUAGCAGCCUCAAGUUUUGACCACUUGUCACACUGUGCUACACGUGUGUCUAUAUAAGUAGUGGAGAGCUCUAGGUUGUUGUUCACACAUGGUGCUCAGUGCUCACUACUUAAGUGCUUUUACUUCUUGGUGUAUUUGAGGAUUUCUAUUAUAUUGUUCUGUCUCUCUUGUUUCUGAGUGUUGAUUUUAGAGGAAAGAAAUGAGUUAUUUGGGUGUAGGUGUUAGUCCUGGGAAUGUCCCAGUGUACCACAGCACAAACCUGAAAGUAUUGGAUGGAAGGAUUAGGAUAACAGAGUUGGUGUUGAGGUGUGUGAUCCUUGGUUUGGGAGUUCUUGCAGCUGUUCUUGUGGGGACUGAUUCCCAAGUCAAAGAGUUUUUCUCCAUUCAGAAGAAAGCUAAGUUUACAGACAUGAAGGCUUUAGUGUUCCUGGUAGUUGCUAAUGGGUUAGCUGCUGGCUACUCCUUAAUCCAAGUGUUGCGCUGUAUCGUGAGUAUGGUCAAAGGAAGAGUACUCUUUAGCAAGCCCUUAGCUUGGGCCAUUUUUUCUGGUGAUCAGGUAAUGGCAUAUAUAACAUUGGCUGCAGUGGCAGCUGCAGGGCAAUCUGCUGUGUUUGCAAAGCUGGGACAGCAAGAACUGCAAUGGAUGAAGAUAUGCAACAUGUAUGGGAAAUUCUGCAACCAGGUGGGAGAAGGGAUUGCUAGUGCUAUUGUGGUUAGCCUUAGCAUGGUGGUCUUGUCUUGUAUUUCUGCUUUUAGUCUCUUCCGUUUGUAUAGCGGUAACAAGAACAAAAAUGCAUGUUGGUAGUUUAGAAACUACCAUAGAUUCGAGUUAAUAACCUACCACUCACCCCCACUGUUUCUUGUCCAGCAUAGUAGUUAUGUAAUUUACAAGGCUCUUUUCGUGUAUAUGUUGUAGUGAAUGAUGAUGGUAAUAUGAGAAUUCGGCUGUGUUAUUGAUCUAGACAUCGAGUGCUUGAUAAUUGG